AUGCUGUGGGCAGCCACAGGCGGGACAACGUACGGCCUGGCGGCGGGCAGAGCCGCAUGCUGGCUAGGCCUGGUACGAGGAGUGUCGGCCGAAGGUACCAACGGAGAGAAACCGCGCCCGCCCUCUUCGGCUGCAUGGGGAUGGGUGGGGGCGGCGGUACUGCUGCUGAUCCUGCUGAGCUGGCUCAUCAAGGCAGGCUCCAACAAGUACGAGAAGGUCGGCUUGCCGGCGCUGACCGGGGUCGAUACCGCCGACGCCGAGGUCCUCGCCGUGGGCGGGCGCGCGACCAGCGUCGCAUCGGGCGGCGCGGACGCGGAGGAGAGGACCGGGCACGGACAUGUCAACCUCGCCGAUGUGGACGGCAUCAUGCUGACCACGGCCGAAGCGGAACGAGCGGCACAUCGGGACCUACGCGCUGCGCACGAGAACUGGAAGGCGCGGGAGGCCACGGAGCGCAGGACACGGGCGGCGCUCGACGAGGCGCGGCGAACGUGGGAGGAUGCGUGCGGCGCGUCGAACCAACUGAAGCUGAUGUGGGAGCGGGCCCUCUUCACUCCGGCCGGGGACGUCACUGGGUACUACGAGCUACACCGCAAGGCGUCGGAGGUUGCAUUCCGCCGCUACCAGGAAGUCGACCGCCUGGGCACCCGGUACGAGCAAUGCGUGCAGAGCCUCUCCGACGCGUGUGCAUACGGGCGACACGCCGCACAACGCCACGCCGAGGCGCUCGAAGCUCUGGACGACCUCGAGACGGGCGGCGGCGCGGGCGGAGGGGCGGAGGAGCCCCUCGGGGCGGGGUGGACGGCCGGCGCGUGGAACCCCGGCUAG